AUGCCUCCACCAAGCCCGCAACACGCCGGGCCGACGACGAAACGGACGCGGCAGCCCUCCGCUCGCGUGAGGGAGGCCGACGACUCCGCAGUGGCGGCGGCAGCGGUGGCCGCCGCCCACCGCCGUAGCAAAACCAUCAGCAGCGUCGGCGGCGCGAAAUACGCUGCAUACCUGGCAAAGAAAAACGCGCGGCGCCGAGAACAGGUCGCAAACGCGAGGCUGAAGCGCGUCGCGGCGAGCGUCGCGGCGCGUGAUGCACGCGCGCGGCGGCGAACGGUGGCCAACGCCGACGCCGGCCGCGGCACCUGCGGCGUGCGCGAUGACCCGCUCGCGGCGGCGGCGGCCGCCGCUGCCGCUGCCGGGCAAGCCGCGGCCGCGGCCGCUGCCGCCACCGCCGCCGCCGUGGCCGCGGCCUCCGUCGCAGCAGACGCCUCUGCUCCUGCGGCUGCCGCCCGUGCCCAACGCGGCGGCGGCAGGCGGGCUGCGUCGGCUUCGUCGGUUUCUGCUGUGGCACUGUCAACAGCAGCAGCCGCUCCUCCUCCUGCCGGGGCGCAGCAGCAUGCUACCGCCGCCGCUCGUCAGACCCCGCUGGCGCACGCUCCUUUUGUGGUUGCGGCGGUGAGCAGCAGAAAAUCGUCUUAUUAG